GCGGCUCGCGCUUGAAGUAGCGAAAACGUUUCGUUCCCCGUUUACAGUUUUGUUGUUGUCGAAAACUUAUUAAAUACGUUUGGUAACUCUUUGGUUUAAAACCUGCCAGCAAAAAUGGCGUCCACCGCGGCAGGCAAACAGCGGAUACCGAAGGUGGCGAAGGUCAAGAAUAAAGCUCCCGCAGAGGUUCAGAUCACUGCUGAGCAGCUGCUGAGGGAAGCCAAAGAGAGGGAGCUUGAACUUUUGCCACCACCACCAAAACAGAAGAUCACUGAUGAGGAGGAGCUGAACGAUUACAAACUCAGGAAGAGGAAGGGCUUUGAGGACAACAUCAGAAAGAAUCGCACUGUCAUCAGUAACUGGAUCAAAUACGCACAAUGGGAAGAAAGUCUAAAGGAGAUCCAGAGGGCUCGUUCCAUUUACGAGCGAGCGCUGGAUGUCGAUCACCGAAACAUCACUCUGUGGCUCAAGUAUGCCGAGAUGGAGAUGAAGAGCCGGCAGGUGAACCACGCCCGAAACAUCUGGGACAGAGCGAUCACCAUCCUCCCACGAGUCAACCAGUUCUGGUACAAGUACACCUACAUGGAGGAGAUGCUGGGGAACAUCGCCGGCUGCAGGCAGGUGUUUGAGCGUUGGAUGGAGUGGGAGCCUGAUGAACAGGCCUGGCACUCUUACAUCAACUUUGAGCUGCGCUACAAAGAAGUGGAUAAAGCCCGCACCAUUUAUGAGCGAUUUGUCAUUGUUCAUCCCGAAGUGAAGAACUGGAUAAAGUACGCUCGUUUUGAAGAGAAGCAUGGCUACAUCGCUCACAGCAGGAAGGUGUAUGAGAGGUCGGUGGAAUUCUUCGGAGAGGAUCAUGUGGACGAAAACCUCUUUGUGGCCUUUGCAAAGUUUGAGGAGACACAGAAAGAGUUUGAACGUGUUCGGGUGAUCUAUAAGUACGCUUUGGACAGAAUCCCUAAGCACCAGGCUCAGGAGCUCUUCAAGUUCUACACGAUGUUUGAGAAGAAGUUUGGAGACCGGAGGGGAAUCGAGGACGUAAUCGUCAGUAAACGAAGGUUCCAGUAUGAGGAGGAAGUCAAGGCAAACCCCCACAACUAUGACGCAUGGUUUGAUUACCUCCGCCUGGUGGAGAACGACGCUGACCCUGACACAGUGAGAGAGGUUUACGAGAGAGCUAUCGCCAACAUCCCACCCAUCCAGGAGAAGAGACACUGGAAACGAUACAUUUACCUAUGGAUCAACUAUGCUCUGUACGAAGAGCUGGAGGUCAAGGAUCCUGAAAGAACGAGGCAGGUGUACCAGGCCUGCCUUGACCUCAUUCCACAUAAAAAGUUCACAUUUGCAAAGAUUUGGCUGCUCUACGCUCAGUUUGAGAUCCGACAGAAGAACCUGCAGGGAGCCAGGAAGGUCAUGGGUACAGCCAUCGGUAAAUGCCCAAAGAACAAACUGCUGAAGGGCUACAUCGAGCUUGAGCUGCAGCUACGUGAGUUCGACCGCUGCAGGAAGCUGUAUGAGAAAUACCUGGAGUUCAGUCCGGAGAACUGUACCACCUGGAUCAAGUUCUCAGAGCUGGAGACGAUCCUGGGAGACAUUGAAAGAGCCCGCGCCAUCUUCGAACUCGCCAUCGGACAGCCGCGACUGGAUAUGCCUGAGGUACUUUGGAAGUCCUACAUUGACUUUGAGAUUGAGCAGGAGGAGUUUGGAAACACCAGAAACCUUUACAAAAGGCUGCUGCAGCGCACCCAACAUGUCAAGGUUUGGAUCAGCUACGCCAAAUUCGAGCUGUCUAUCGACAGCCCCGACAGGCUGCAGAAGUGCCGGCAGAUCUACGAGGAGGCCAACAAGGGCAUGAGGAGCUGCGAGGAGAAGGAAGAGCGGCUCAUGCUGCUUGAGUCCUGGAGGGACUUUGAGAAAGAGUUUGGUUCUGAGAGCACCAUGGAGAGAGUCAGAAAGCUGCUGCCAGAGAAGGUGAAGAAGAGGAGGAAGCUGACCGCGGAGGACGGGUCGGACGCAGGUUGGGAGGAGUACUACGACUACAUCUUCCCAGAGGACGCUGCCAACCAGCCCAACCUCAAACUGCUGGCCAUGGCAAAGAUGUGGAAGAGGCAGCAGAUAGAGGAGGAAUCCGAGAAAAGUCCACAAAAAUCUACAGAAGUGGCUGAAGCAACGACGGCACCGUCCUCUGACGAACCUGCAGCUCCUUCUGAGACGCUCCCGGAAAAGGACUCAGAUAGAAACACUGUGACGGAAACAGAAGAGGAGAAGACGUACGAUGAUCGAGAUGACGACGAUAGCAGCAGCAGCAGCAGUAGUAAUGAGAGCGAUAGUAACGAUGACGAUGAAAAUGAUGGAAAGAAAGAGCAGAAGGAGAGCAAGAGCGGAGACGAAGAUUCAGAUUAGAUUCAUGUUUCAGAGGAAGGUUUUCCGUCUGAGACACUCAGGAUAAUGUUCAUUUUUCUACCGUUCUGUUUUUUUUUUUAAAACAAAAACAACAAAACCAGCUCAUGAGCAAUCUUUAAUGUAUGACCAUGUUUGAUUUGCAUUAUACACACAUCAAUUCAAA